AUGGCAACGUUCAGUGAGCUAUUCACGCCAUUGCCCGCAUUCCGCACGGCCGUUUGCCACGAGCAUGGAAUUGUGGUGACGGCGCGGUCGGUUGCGUCGCAUGUCAAUUCGCGGCACCGCCAUUUGGCCGCCCGGGUUCGCCAGCGGAUCAUGGCCGAGGCGUUAGCGUUACGGGACGACGGUUCGUUGGCCGCCGAUACGAACAAUAUCCGAUUCCCCGACGAGGUGAUCCCGGCGAUCGACGGGUUACCCGUGUGGAGCGACGGCAAGAAGUGUAUCGAGUGCGGGUAUAUACAGCGUGGGAGGAAGCAUAUCCAGAAGCAUUGCCGGUCGGAGCAUGGUUGGACCAACCCGCGGAAACGCGGCGGCAAGCCCGGGGCCCAGCAGGCAGGCGGGUUAGGCGAG